AUGUCUCUCCCUCAAUACUUCUACGACCCUUUCGCAAUGUUCGACAGCCUCCUUGACCAGGCACUCGUCGACAGGAACGUCGGUGUCCCUCAAGGUCAAGUGCAGCGUCGCUCAGAGAACCGCAGCGUCAUUGCAUGGCCCAAAUUGGACGUGCACGAGAACACGCAGACUGGCCAGGUCGAAGCAACCUUCGAGCUGCCUGGUCUGAAGAAAGAGGACGUCAACAUUGACGUUCAUAACAACAGACUUACAGUCUCGGGUGAGAGCACACAAUCCACCGAGCGCGACGAGGCUGGCUAUGCAGUCCGUGAGCGGCGGUUUGGCAAGUUUUCGAGGAGCUUACAGCUCCCGCCUGGGGUCAACACUGACGAGAUUAAGGCGUCCAUGGAGAAUGGCGUCUUGACUGUCACCUUCCCUAAGGCAGCGCCUCAAGAGGGCCCAAAGAGAAUUACCGUGACGUAA